CCGCCCGGCGGCGCCGGGGGAUGCUGGCGGCCGCGCUGCCCGGGCGCGGCACCGUGCCGGUAAGCGAAGGGGCCGGGCCGUGCCUCGCCGCCCGGCUGGCGGCGCAGCCCCGCUCGCCAUGAGCCGGGCGGAGGCCGAGCCCUGCUCCCGGGCGCUGGCGCAGGCCCGCGCCUACCUGGGGCAGCGGCGGGGCCGCGUGGGCCCGGCGGGGCCCGAGGGCGGCGGGCGCCGCGAUUACCUGGUGGAGGCGGCGCGGCAGCUGCGGCUGGCGCUGGAGCGGGACGUCAGCGAGGACUACGAGGAGGCCUUCAACCACUACCAGAACGGCGUGGACGUGCUGCUCCGCGGCGUGCAGGGUGUGUGCGACCUCCCGGGGAGCGGGGCAUCCCUCCGGGGACACCAGCCAGGGGACCGGGGCAUUCACAUCGGGAGUUCCGUGAGGGACCAAGUUGACCCCAACAAGGAGCGUCGGGAGGCCGUGAAGCGGAAGAUCACGCAGUACCUGCGGCGCGCCGAGGAGAUCUUCAAUUGCCACCUGCAGCGGGCGGCGGGGGGCGGCAGCACCACGGCCACGGGCUACAGCAGCCUGCGCUUCCGGCCCAUCAGGACCCUGAGCUCAGCAGUGGAGAACCUGAGACGCUGCAAGGUUGUGGGAGUGAUUGAUAAGGUGCAGAUUGUCCAGGAUCCAGCCACUGGUGAGACCUUCAUACUCAAGAGCCUCCCCAAAUCCCACGUUGAGACCCGUGAGCGACAGACCAUCAUCCCUCAUGGGGUCCCCUUCAUGGUCAAGCUGUUGUGCUACUAUGUGAGUGAGGACUCCAUCUUCCUCCAUCUGGAGCACGUGCAGGGGGGGACACUGUGGUCUCACCUCCGCUCCAAGUACUGUGUGCAGCAGGACUGUGCUGAUUCAAACACCAUUCAAGCCCUCCAGGACCAUGGCACGGAGGAUGGUGUGGGAAACUCCCAGGGUGGCAGCCAAGUAUCCCUCCUCCCUGUUUGGACAGGCAGUGGCCUCCCAGGCUCUGUGAACUACCAAGUGUUGGGAAACACUGAUGCCUCACUCCCUCAGGAGCAGUCCCCUGGCCCCGCAGACUCUGGCUCAGGGAACCACUGCCAGCUUCUCCUGGCUCCUGCUGGUGGCAGUGGGGCUGCACCUGGAGGACAGGAUCUGAGUGUGACACAGACUGUGUCUGCUGUUGUGGACCAUUUUCCAGCAGCGUCAGCCAAAUGCCCUGGCCAUCUUGCCAGCCAGGGCCUGGUUGUCUACCCGUGGAAUGAUCUAACCAGCAGCACAGGCUGCAUAUCUGAGAGAACAGCCUCCCAGCAAGGCCCCAGGCUUCCCCAGGGGCUUGUCUCUGUACCAAAGACUGUGAGAGGGGGCCAGCCAGGGGCAGGGCGACUGCCAGCUCAGAAAGUGUCUGAGGCCUCUCAGGCUCAGCCCCUCCUGACCCUGGGUGAGAGGCAGCUUCCUGCAGGAGUUGCCCUGUCCAGCUCUGGCAAACCCAGUGUGCCUGACCCAGCCACGUGGGAGCCUUCUUGGGGAGCAAGCCUGACUUGUGGCUGCCUCAGCAAACAGCCAGCAUCAGGACAAUGCAGGGCUUUGGCUUCCCAUGGGCACAACCGGAGAGCGUGGGCUGUAAAGGAAGAGCAGGUGCAGCUGUGGGCAGCAGAAAUCCUCCUGGCCUUAGAGGGACUUCACCAACAGGGUAUAUUGUGCCGGGACCUCAACCCCAGGAACGUGCUGCUUGAUACAGCUGGUCAUGUCCGUCUCACCUUCUUUGGCCAGUGGACAGAGGUGGAGCCCCAGUACUGCAGCCAGGCAUGGGAAGAGCUGUACAGUGCUCCAGAAGUUGGGGGGAUCAUGGAGCCCACUGAAGCAGCUGACUGCUGGAGCUUUGGCUCUCUCUUGUAUGAGUUGCUGACAGGAGUGCCACUCUCCCAAAACCAUCCAUCAGGGAUUCAGCCUCACACCCAGCUGCAUCUGCCAGAGGGCCUCAGCCUGGCUGCUACAUCGCUGCUCACUGAGCUCCUGCAGUACAAUCCAAAACGACGCUUGGGCUCUGGAGGAGGUGGCAUAACAAAGCUGAAGUCUCACUCCUUCUUCAGCACAGUCCCGUGGAACAAGCUGGUGGGCUAGGCAGGCUGUUCUUCCCCCAGGGAGGCGGGCCCUGGGCUGCUUCCCUGGCACUUGUGGCCGCAGUGGCACUGGCAGCACUGCCUGCUGGGGAAGGCUUGCCUCAAGGGCUGCCCUGAGGUGGGGCACACAUGAGGUUCUGCAGCCUUACCUGUCCUUCUGUCUCGGCUUCUGUUCGUUGCCAUCUCCAAAGAGGAGGUGUCAGGCUGGGGCUGUCUUCUCCAGGUCCUCCCUGGGGGGAAAAGGAACCUGGGUACCCACCUCCAGGAAGUGGUGGUGUUUCCCCUUCUUGGGGCAUCUCUUCCUCAGCUCAGCACCCUGCCCUGGAACUCCCUUCCUGUGUUUUUUUAUCUCUGCUGCUACCACAGUGACCCCCCUGCUCUGUUACUUUUUGUGGCUUUCAAAUGCAGCCCCUCUGGGCCCUGCUGGCUGGAGCCCAAGCCUGCUGUCUCUGCCCCUCCCUGACUGCAUGUGUGUGUGUGGGUCAUCCUUGCUGCAGGGGUGACACAAGAAGGAGCCCUCUGAAAAAAAUAAACGACUCAAUAUCACUUAAA